AUGGCUUUGAUUCUGUUUGAGGCAGUCUUUCUUUCUUUGAAAUAAUAAACUUUUCUGUCUUGCGAACACACAAAAAAAAAAGGGUUUUAGGGUAACUAAAAAGAAAUUUUUUUCGGCAUCAUUGGCCCCUUCUUCGAAGGGCAGGUGAGGAGGAGGAGAAGAGAUAAGACGAAAGAGAGAUACAAAAAGUAAUUAUAAUUGAUAUAGGAAGCAGGGGUACAUAGGAGGUAGCUAAACCCCCUAUGCCACGGGAGGUAAAAAGGAAGAAUACAAGUAACAAUAUAAAAUCAAUUAAGUUAAUUUAAAAAUCUAUUAGGGUUAAAUUCAUAGUUAUAGGGAAGAACAAUUUUGUUAUUUCUCAAUUAUGUUUAUGAAAUCCAAUCUUGGGUAAUUUUGUAAUGUUAUAAACAAUUAAUAAAAUUGAAUUAGUUGACUGAUAUUAUUGUUUUGUAGAUAUUAAUUAAUUUCUAAAAAAAAACAGGUUGA